AUGCCCUGGCAAAAGACAUUCACGCUGCCCUCGCGCGGCAAAGGCUGCCACCUCGUCACGCGCGAAGUCGAAGCCGAAAUCGCGCCAGGCCUCAAGGGCGUCAAGAUUGGCCUCCUCACCCUCUUCAUUCAGCACACCUCGGCCUCGCUCACGCUCAACGAAAACUUUGACCCAGACGUGCGCACGGACAUGACCAUGGCCGCUGACCGCAUGGUGCCCGACACGCUGCCUUGGAAGCACACCGACGAGGGACCCGACGACUCGAGCAGCUACACAAAGGCGAGCAUCUACGGGAGCUCCAUCACCAUUCCCAUCACCGACGGCCGGCUGAACCUUGGGACAUGGCAGGGCAUCCAGCUCUUUGAGCACAGAGAGGGCCGCCACUCGAGGCGCAUAGUCGCCACUGUUCUGCCGUAA